GACUUCCAGCAUUGGCAGAAACUGAGAAGGCCAUGUUCGAGGCAUCAAGGAAUCAGGAUGGCAUUCCAUGGAAAAGGCAAACUUUAAGAAUCUCUUUUAGGUAGCGGUCGAGGGUUUCAAAGGACGCCUAUCUGAUAGGUUUGGCAUCCGUGGCGCCUGCUCUUGCUGUUGUCAGGCGGGGCUCUUUGACAGACAGUGGCGGGCUUGCGAAAGGCGCAUCAAAUUCAAACCAGCGGUCUCAUGCCCUGAGAUUCCUUUAAAAAUCUUCUGAGUAUUCACCGAGGUAGCCAUUGGGGUUCAAAGAAGAAGUGUUCAUUCAUAUUCUGACAUUGUUCAGUUAAAGCAACGGCAAGGCUAGGGCUUAGCGGAGGGGUCUGGCUCGCGGUGCAAAGCACGUCAGAACCUCUUCCCUUCUUAAGCAGUCCCCAAACGAGGUGCAAACGUGUUUCUUCGAACCUAGCUUUAAGUUGCUCUUGGCUAGGCUGGGGUGACGACCAGUCAACAUCGAAGGGUGAUUUCAGGGGAUUGGAAGGUGGCGCCUGGAUUUAACCCCAGGUUAGCCGGCUCCGCCACGCCCAAGCCUUGCUGAUUGACUGGCAACUCGACCUUUCAAUUCAACAAGGUGACAACCGCCUUGCAAGAGUUGCGAUUGAAAUCGGAGCAACUUUCGGAUCGCGCCGGGAUGCCGACCCCGGCGAUCGAUUUCGAUGAGGCGCGGAAGCGGGAACGGCGGAGGAGCCCCCCCUGGGUGAAAGCGGCCUCGGGGUCCCUAGGGGGGGUAGUCGAGGCCGCUUGCUUACAACCGAUUGACGUCAUCAAGACCCGGUUGCAGCUCGAUCGGGCAGGCAAAUACACGGGGAUCUGGCAGUGCGGGUCGACGAUAGUCAAGGAGGAGGGGGCCAGGGCGCUCUGGAAGGGGCUAACCCCGUUUGCGACGCACUUAACCCUGAAAUAUGCGCUCAGAAUGGGGACGAAUGCGGUGUUUUCGGCGGCGUUGCGGGACGUGGAAACGGGGGAGUUGUCGAGCGCGCGGCGGAUGGCGGCGGGGUUCGGGGCGGGGGUCACGGAGGCGUUGGUUAUCGUGACCCCGUUCGAGGUGGUUAAGAUCCGGUUACAGCAGCAGCAGGGGUUAACGAAGGAGUUAUUGCGGUAUAAGGGGCCGGUGCACGGCGCGGUGACGAUCGUGAAAGAGGAGGGCCUGCGGGGGCUUUGGAGCGGGGCUACGCCGACUGUCAUGCGCAACGGAACGAACCAGGCGGUUAUGUUUGCAGCUAAGGCCGCCAUUGAUAAAUACGCAUUCGAUAAAAGGGAGGGCGACGGACAGAUCCUUGCCCCCUGGCAGUCCAUGACUGCCGGCUUUCUCGCCGGGGUGGCCGGUCCUAUUGCAACCGGGCCCUUCGACGUGGUGAAAACGCGGCUAAUGGCACAGGAACACGUGCCCGGGGUAGAGCCCCGGUACCGGGGCCUCUUCCACGCGAUCGGAAAGAUCGCGAGCGAGGAGGGCGUGUUGGCGCUCUGGCGGGGGCUGCUCCCCCGGUUGAUGAGAAUACCCCCCGGGCAGGCGAUCAUGUGGGCGGUCGCCGAUCAGCUGACGGGGAUGUACGAGAAGCGGCACAUCGAGGACUGAGUUUGUGUGUGCACGCCUGUCGUAGCUUGCGUUUGUCGGAAGUGCCUGUUGAUUAGUCCGAUUUUAUUUUGGCGGUUGAUAAAUGGUGUACCGAGUACUGACUCUGGACCCUCGUUCUGGAGGGAAAAGCUGGUUGACAUAACAUUUGCUUCUGAGCAGGUUGGGCUGGUUAGUUGUAAAGCAGCGGUUGUGUAGACUAACAGUUUGGGAUGGCUCUGAAGGUCCAUCCAGUCCCAAGAUGACGUGUCGAAUUCAAAUACUACCUGUCUAGUCAUCUGGAAGUCAUGCCGUUUUUCCGGUGGCCGGAUCAGAACCGUCGCUGAUGUGACCACAUGUCGCGAGCCUACAUGUUGGUAGGCGUGAGUCAUUGACGCGGUCGCACCUGCUCAACCCUCAGGAUUUUGCAACCGUCUGUUUGGCAGGUCCAUACAUGUGACGUACGAAAAUGAUAUAGGACCAAACAAACCAAAAAAUAAUAUCAUUGCAAAGUCGUCCGGAUAUCAGCUUUGAGGUUUUAGAUUACUCUUUAGGUAAAUCAUUGCGGAUGCACGACGGUCGGCCGCGGAAUCUCCGAGUCAAGUUCCACA